GCGCGCACACGCCUUGUGGGAAGGGAUAGAGACGUUCACAUUUCCCACGCUAGCACGAUGGCGGCGUCCGCAGUAGAGGCGACGAAGCCCAAAGCAGCUCCAACGGCGCCGCUCCUUUCUCUGGACCCGGAGCGGCAGCGCGAGUUCCAGGCGAAGGUGCACCGCGUGCGCAAGGCGGCCGCCAAGAAUGAGAAGCUGAAACCUGGUGUCAUUUACUUGGGUCAUAUCCCAAAGGGUCUUUAUGAACCACAGCUCAAAGAAUACUUUAGUCAAUUUGGGACAGUCACAAGGCUUCGACUUUCAAGGAGUAAAAAGACUGGGGGCAGCAAAGGUUAUGCAUUUGUGGAAUUUGAAUAUGAUGAAGUUGCUAAAAUUGUUGCAGAUACCAUGAACAACUAUCUCUUUGGUGAACGACUUUUGAAAUGCCAGUUUAUGCCACCUGAAAAAGUGCAUGAAAACCUCUUCAAAGGUAGUGAGAGAAUAUUCAGUAAGCCAUUGCAUCCAGCAGUGAAGCGCUAUAAUCGGAGGCGAACAACACAAGAGAAAGCGAAGAUGACACAGCGAUUAUUGAAGAAGGAAAGACAGCUGCGGAAAAGACUGGCAGAGAAGGGAAUAGAUUAUGAUUUUCCUGGCUUUGCUGCUCAGAUGCCUGUAACAAAGAAAAAUAAGCUUUCAGAAUCAGACUCCAGCAUGAAUGUGUCUGUGAAUAGUGAGGAACCUACUCCAACAUGUACGCCAACAGUUCUUGAACGCAGAAAAUCUCAGCCAGAAGACAGCGAAGACAAAGAAAUAACUUUCAAACUGCCACCUGCAAGUGUAAAGGCUGCUGCACAAAAACCCGAAACAGCAAAGUUACAGAGAAAAACAACUGGCAAGAAACGGAAAUGUAAAACCUAAGUACUCCUUUACCCAAGAACACUGAGUACAUAUGGCAUUUCCCAGCAGUCCUGAUUUUUAGGGGAGAAAGUUCUUAUGUAGUUUCACUACAUGAUCACCAUCAUUCUGCUGUCAAAUCUGCAACUUAUCAGUAAACAAGCCAAGGUUCCCAUAUUGCAAGAAGAAUAUUUUUCAGAUGUACCACUUUGGAACUAUAUUUGCCCUAGAGAAAAAAAGCUCAAUUGUGCUACUUGCCUUCAGCUUUUUAACCCCAAAAAUAUUGCCACCAACAUGCGCAAAAAAAACCAAACCCUUUGCACAGUGGAUAAACAUACAUAUGAUGGCAAAAACAGGAUCUUGAGGAAUACUUACCCUUCUCUUUAACUAUAACUCAAAAUUCAAAUAAAUUUUAAAUAAAAAAACAUGAAUGA